AUGGCACCUCACCCGUCCCCAGCCGGGGCAUGGUACUCGCCCACCUUGGAUCCUCCGAAUGUGUCGGAGAAGAAUCUCGCUCGGACGCGCCAGAUGAUGGCGGCGCAGGGCAACGACGGGGCGGCUGCGCUCAAGGCCGGCCCCGCCCUUCCUGAGGGCAGAGGAAGCACCUUCUACCCACUCUACGUGAGCGCCAUUGCCGCCGGUCUGGUGGUGAACUCCAUGUCUGCUUUCAACGAGGGCGGGCAUGUGCCCGCGGAGGUCCCUGGGGCUCCGGCGGCCCUGGCGACGGUGAAUGCCGCAACAGCCUGCGACGAGGAGAAGCAGGCCAUCCUCGAGGCGAAGGCCGCUCGUGACGCCGCCUUGGGUGAGGUUGCGGAUGUUCAGGGCCGCUACAAGGUGCUGGAGAGCGAACUGCAAGGCCUGCGUGACCAGCUUGUCAAGGAGGCCCGUGUCCGCCAGGAGAAGGAGGAAGGCAUGAGGGCCCGCGAGGCUGCCGCCAAGGAUCGGGAUGCCGAGCUUGACGAACGCCAAGGCCACUUGGGUGCGCUGGAGCAGGCGUUGGAGGCACCACAGGAGGAGGCCGGCCAUGGCGACACCGGAUCUGGCAUCUCCGGGGUCCUCUACAAGUGGGUCAACUACGGCCGCGGAUGGCGGCCCCGCUGGUUCGCGCUCAGCGACGGCGUGCUCUCCUACUACAAGAUCCACGGGCCCGACCGCAUCGACCUCUCCCGCGACACCGACCGCGGCGCCAAGGUCAUCGGCGAGGACUCGCUCCGCCGCCUCGCGCGCCCCUCCUCCGCCUCCGCCCCCCACUCCAACGGCCACGGCCACCACCAGACGCCCCGCAAGCCCCUCAGCGAAAUCCACCUCAAGGUGUCGACCGUCAGAGAGAGCAGAUCGGACGACAGGAGGUUCUCCAUCUUCUCGGGGACCAAGAGGCUGCACCUGCGGGCCGAGACGAGGGAGGACAGGGCCGCAUGGCUCGAGGCGCUCUGUGCCACCAAGGAGAUGUUCCCGAGGAUGUCCACCAGCGAGAUGGUCGGGCCGGGGGACACUGCGGCGGCCGCGGCGGUCUCCACCGAGCGCCUGAAGAAGCGCCUGCAGCAGGAAGGGGUCAGCGAUGCUGCCAUUGCUGACAGCGAGAGGAUCGUGCGGGAGGAGUUCGAGGCGCUGCACAAGCAGCUUGUGCUUCUCAAGCAGAAGCAGGCGCUACUCCUUGACACGCUCCGCCACCUAGAGAUACCAACUUUCCGAGAAGGAAGUGGUAGCGAGUCUGAUGAUUACAAUGAACCACAAGAUCCUGCUGAAGAGGAGACUGACGAUGAAGAGAACAUAUAUUUUGAUACAACUGAUUUCCUUUCAUCUAGUUCUUUUAAAAGCAGUGGAUCUGAUUUCCAAAGAUCUGAAGCUGGUUCAGAUGAUGAGGACGACUACCCGAUGGAUGGAAUUGAUCCUUCUAUGAAGUCUGUUGGAAUUAAUUAUCCAUAUGUGAGAAGGCGUAAGAAGCUACCAGAUCCAGUUGAGAAAGAGAAGGGUGUUAGUUUGUGUUCAAAGAUCAAGGACAACAUAGGAAAGGAUCUUACCAAAGUCUGUCUGCCUGUUUACUUCAAUGAACCUCUUUCAUCAUUACAAAAAUGUUUCGAGGAUCUUGAGUAUUCCUACCUUAUUGAUCGUGCAUAUGAAUGGGGCAAAAGGGGGGAUAGUGUGAUGAGGAUUCUAAGCGUUGCAGCAUUUGUUGUUUCUGGUUAUGCCUCUACGGAUGGAAGGAGUUGUAAGCCCUUCAACCCUCUUCUUGGGGAGACCUAUGAAGCAGAUUAUCCAGAUAAAGGUCUUCGUUUUUUCUCAGAAAAGGUUAGUCAUCAUCCAAUGGUUGUU